AUGGCAGUGGAGUACUUGUCCGGGUGGCCGCUGUCGUCUUGGAUCAGCCCCGGCGCGGCGCUCUUCCUCUUCGUCAACGUGCUCAUCGGCGCCAUCGUGGUCACGUCCCGCGGGCACCACCAAGGUGGCCGCGCGGCGGCGGCGUCCACGCGGAGGCUCUGCCGGAGCGCGUCGUCCAUGGUCCUCGACCGCCUCCGCUCCUUCUCCAUGUUCGCCGUCCCCGUGGAAGAGUACUACAGCACGUCGUCCCCCGAGCUGGAACUGGAAGCAGAGGAGCUGGAGCAGCCGCACCAACCAGCCGUCGUUGCGGAACCAGCGAGGUCACCUGUUGCGGCGGCAGUAGCAGCUCCUGAGGCAGACGGCGCAUCGUCCAAGAUCGCCAAGGAAGAGGCGGGAGCGGGAGAAGACAUGUCCACCAGCUCGGACGACGAGGCCGCUCACAGUCUGGCGUUGCAGCAGCCGCCGUCGGUAGACGUUGUCAGCGCCGACGAGGCAACUGCGGCCGUUGAGAGCCAGAGCCAGGAGGAGAAGUUGGCGGAAACAACCAUGCAGCAUCGCGCACCUGCGUGCAGGCGGGAAGCGGAGGAAGCACUGGAGGGGAAGGCGGCGCUGAACGCGCGGGCAGAGUCGUUCAUCCGGAGGUUCCGGGAGGAUCUCAAGCUGGAGCGCCUCAACUCCAUCAUCAACUACACCCGCACGCUCCGACGCGGCGCUGGCGCAGCAUCGGCAUCGCCCACCGCGCAGUAG